AUGGCCACUCAUGUCCUCUUCGAAAGCUCUGCUGGAUAUGCUCUCUUUGCGGUCAAGUUCACCGAAGAGAUCGCCGGUCGCACAAAGGCCGUGCAAGAAGCCAUCCCUAACCUGAGUAAAUUCGGAAAAAUGCUCGAAUUGAAGAGUUUCUUGCCCUUCCGCGACGCUGCUCAUGCCUUGGAGAAUGCUAACGAUAUUUCAGAAGGUUUGAUGUCGGAACAUUUGCAGUCACUGCUCGAACUCCACAUCCCAGCCAAAAAGUCCUCGAUAGUCCUUGGAGUCUCCGAGAGGGGUUUGGCGGGUUCCAUCAAGUCAAGUUUAGGGAUCGAGUGCGAUACGUCGGAUCGAUCCCUAGAGCUCAUCAGAGGUAUUCGGUUACACGCCGAAAAGCUAUUGACUGGCUUGGAGAAGGGGGACAUGGACAAGUCGCAACUCGGACUAGGCCAUGCCUACUCACGAGCAAAGGUUAAAUUCAACGUCAAUCGAAGUGACAACAUGAUCAUCCAAGCCAUCGCCUUACUCGACCAGCUCGACAAGGAUGUUAACACUUUCGCCAUGCGUGUGCGAGAGUGGUACGGAUGGCACUUCCCCGAGCUGAUCAAAAUUCUGCCUGACUGCCAUCAAUAUGCGAGCCUGGUCAAGUUUAUCGGUGACAAGAGCAAGCUCACCGACGAGAGUCUCGAAGGCAUCACUCAAUUGGUCGAGGGCAAUGAGAUCCUUGCCAAAAACAUCCUCGACGCUGCCCGGUCUAGCAUGGGUACCGACAUCUCGCCCAUCGACCUCAUCAAUAUCCUUAACUUCGCCGACCGAGUAAUACAACUCUAUGACUACCGAAAAUCUCUCCAGGCCUAUCUCCGAGAGAAAAUGGACCUCGUCGCACCUAACCUGGGUGCAUUGAUUGGCGAUACCGUCGCCGCUCGCUUGAUUAGUCAUGCCGGAAGCUUGACCAAUUUGAGUAAAUACCCAGCCUCUACAGUUCAGAUUCUCGGCGCCGAAAAGGCACUGUUUCGAGCGCUCAAGACGAAGGGCAACACGCCCAAAUACGGGCUAAUCUACCAUAGUACAUUCAUCGGCCGAGCUGGAACGAAGAACAAGGGUCGGAUUUCACGUUUCUUGGCGAACAAAUGUUCGAUCGCUUCGCGAAUUGACUGUUUCACCGAUUCACCCAGUACCGCGUUCGGGAUGGCAUUGCGCGGGCAAGUGGAGGAACGACUAGCGUUUUAUGAAACUGGCGCUAAUCCUACUAAGAAUAAGGUGGCCAUGGAAGCCGUUUUGGAAAAGAUGAAGGCGGCCGAGGCGGAGCUCAAGAACUCGACCACCGAGUUGAGCAGAGGUGGUGCAAUGACGGGGCAAUAUUGA